UAGUAACUGAUCAAGUACAUUUUCAGUCGUGCCCCUUAACUUAUAAAGAAUGAAUGUGUGAGGGAUCCAGGUGCUCAAGCUCGACAAUCUAGAACCGGAUCUUUUUUUGGGCAGAAAAGUACAUUUUCACACUGUUUCUUAAGUGUUUUAUUGUUCGUUUGACUCCUUUUUCAGUACGUUGUAAAACAUAAACGUUCAUAUCCAGAGACAGUUUACUUUCUUUGAAUCUGUAAACUAACAAGAAUUAGAACUAAAGUUGAUUCAAGAAGAUGAAAAGUAGAGCUGAGAAGAGAAUUGAAACCGAAGGAGCAUAUACAAACCGUAUGAGACAAAUAAUGGAUGAAUCUGAGACACUGGUGGUGGAAAAUUCAAGCGAUAUGAGCUACAUGUCAGAAUUAGAGCUGCCCUCUGAAAGGGUAGAAGAAUCCCAACUUUCAGAACAUGUUAAAAAUUUAACCGCGUUAUUGUCAUCUGUUUUGGCAACAUGCUGUCGAUCAUGCAGUUGUUGCAGAAAGAUUGCAGAUAUCUUCAGGACCCGGAAUCCUGAUAGCAUUUACGAUAAAUCACCUUGCAUUGUGACUACGUUGGUGUCAAGUACGCCCCUGUCCGAAAAGAAUACCGAACACUUAUUCCAGAAGAAGCGUGAAUGUUGCGAGCCAAAUGACGCUGAAUAUUGGACGAAUACACAAAAUUUAGACAUCGGCAACCACAGUCAACCGAAAAUUAAAAAGUCUAGUAAGAACGCUUCUGAUCGCAAAGCCAGUACAUUGAAUGAUCCAGAGUCACCUCUAGCUGAUAAAUUGGAUUCAAAAGACGAGAGAAUAGUAAAUACACCAGCACCAAAAUCGAAGAAACGCAUGAACAAGAAAAUAUCAACUAAUGAAAGUGAAAUUUUGGAGGCAGGGUCCAACCAGCGAGUGCGAAAUGACGCUAAAAAUGAGACAAAUACCCAAAAUUUAAACAUCGGUAACCCCAGUCAACCGAAAAUUAAAAAACCUGCAAAAAAAAGACGCGCCAUCUAUGCCCUACCAGGCAAAAGAAAUAAGGCGUCUGGUCGUAAAGCCAGUAAAUUGAAUGAUUCAAAGUCACCGCUAGCUAACACAUUGGAAUCAGAAGAGGAGAUAAUGGUAAAUAAAUCAGCAUCACAAUCGAAGCAACGCAAGGAAAAGAAAAGAUCAACUGAUAAAAGUGAAAUUUUGGAGGCAGGGUCCAACCAGCCUGAAACGUCGACGAAAACUGCCACAGAUUUAUCGGAAAGACACACUGAUAUUUCCCAGCGAAAUGACGCUAAAAAUCAGACGAAUUCCCAAAUUUUGGACAUCAGUAACAACAGUCAACUGAAAAUUAAAAAAUCUGGAAGAAAAAAGCGCACUCCCUAUACGCUACCAGGCGGAAGAAAGGAGACUUCUGAUCGUAAAGCCAGUAAAUUGAAGUCACCGCUAGCUAAUACAUUGGAUUCAGAAGACGAGAUAAUGGUAAAUAAAUCAGCAUCAAAAUCGAAGCAACGCAAGGAAAAGAAAAGAUCAACUGAUGAAAGUGAAAUUUUGGAGCCAAGGUCCAACCAACCUGAAACGUCAUCGAAAACUGCCACAGAGUUAUCGGAAAGAAACACUGAUAUUUCCCAGCGAGAUGACAUUGAAAAUCAGACAACUACACAAAGUUUGGACAUCAGUUACAACAAGCAACCGAAAGCGAGAAAGGGUAAAAAGCGCCGCUCUUUGUAUAAAGUACCAGUCCCACAAAAAAAGGUUGCGCUUGCAAAAGAUAGAAUAUCUGAUAUAAAGUCACCGCAAGUUAGUACACUGGAUUCAGAAAGCGAGACAACGGAAAAUCAUGCAAAGUCGAAUCCAAAGAAACCCACGGGAAACAAAUUAGCAUCUAAAGGAAAGCAGAAUUUAUCAGUUCAAGAAAACUCAUCAUUACCAGACGUUGGAGUUAAAGACUACAAACGGUCCAAAUCACAAGCGAAGAAAGUGGAUUCGGUAAAGAAACAACCAGUAAAAUCGCUAGCCCCUGCUAGCGGUAAAAAAGCCACAGGAAAAUCCGGAAAAGGGGCCACAGGAGAAACUUGUGAUAAGAAGGGACAAAACUCCCCAUCAGAAGAUUUUGUCAGUCCUCAGUCAAAUCAUAUUGUGGCUAACAUCCGCAAUGAACUAUACACAAUAUCGAUGGACACCGAAAGCAAGAAAACUAGGAAUAUCAUAGCAAGAAAAUUGGCUCGACGCGCCGGUUCCAGCUUACAUGGUUCUGUUCUAGCAGAACCCAUCGACGCAAAUCCUUGCUCAAAAAGAUUGUACUCUGAUGAGGCUUGGAGAAAUUCGGAAUUGUUUGAAAUUUUGUGCAAACAGAGUGAAGAAAAUUGCUAGUGUUAAUUGCUGUUUAAGUUUCAGCAGCUGAGUGUAUAACAAAAACAGUUUUUACAUGCAUUAACUAACAUCGGUGCCGAAACCAGAUUUUUAUCGAGCGAACGUCCAAGUAAAUGCUGUGGUACGGAGACACGGACGAAGAACGACCAACCAAGAGUGAAAACGCCGCUAUUAGUAGGGCCCCAUCCAAUAUACAUUUGUCUGAGAUUGUCCAAACUUUUGGCUUUGUUGAUGAGGUGUUCUAUUUGGCCUUCUAUGGACAGGCACAACAAACACACACACAAGACAGGUUUUCACCUUGUCUUGCAGUCUCAGUUCGAUGUUCUUAAUAUGUUGUAGAGCCUAAAAAAGUCUACGAAACCCAAAUCGAAUUGAGGGUUUAAUUCAAUCAAUAACUUGCUAGUUUACUUUUUCGGAGUUUUGUGCAGCGGCUGGAACGUUCCUGGGAAACCAGACGAUCGUAAACGACCGGCGUGGCAAUCGACAUGAGUGUUGGCGUGUUUGAUCGCAGGAUUGCCUAAAGACUCCUUCAACCCCCUAGGGGUCCAUCGCCGCGAUCAUAUUCUGCGCGAGUCUGAAUGGCACCUGUUCUGGCCAUUCGAACGUUUCGCCCUUAUUGACAAGUUGAAAUCAACGUGAACCACAUCUACGCAAGUGGCGCCCACUAGAAGGUUUUCACCAUUCCUGUCUCCUAAUUCGAGCAUGUACCCCCUGUUAUGGAAAUAACAACAUUGGUUCUGAUGUGUCCAGUUCGCGCCGUAAACCGUGUAUAAAACGUUCAAAUAAUGUCUUUUAUUGUGAGUCAAAGUAGCAGGUGUGGAUCUCACAACUGCUACCUUUCAACUUACUGUGUUUUUAUUAUAAAAGUUUCUCUCCAAUGUGUCCUUUUUGAUCUUUCAGUGCUACGAUGCGAUAGAUUGAAAUCUUCCGUAACUUUAGUUUGAAAGCUCACAGCACAAAAUUUGAAGUGUAUCGGGAAAAUGGUUCAAAAUUGGUGAAUUUUGCGCACGUUCAUCAUUGUGUCCAAAUGGGUUUAAAUCGGGGAAACCGGAAAAUAAUUGAGUACAUACGAACCGUUUUGAGAACAAUAUAUUGGCAAACAGGCCGUGAAAAUUCAAAAGUUAGUUACCAAUACCCUGGCAUCCGGAAAUGUGUUUCUGAAUCAUUCGCCCAACACUUAUGUCCACAAUAAAGUUGUGGUCGCAGCUGAGUAUAUAGAAAAACUACGUUCGUAUCCACUAUCGUUUCAUACUUUUAGAAGCUAAUGCCUGCCUUUGUUGUAAAUAAAUGUCCUGGAAUACGGCUCAGAUAUUGCCAUCAAAGAACAUCCCCUCAAGGGGGAUAUUCUGUGAUUGCCAUGUUAGCCACAGUCUGGAUGGAGUUCUUGUCCGUGGCCCCGGCUUUAGCAGCGUGUCCAUCAUUUUCCAGGUGAGAAACUCCUCUGGGAGCCCUGGAGACUCGAUGGCAUUGAAGAAAGGUCUAGGAAUUGUUAGUAGUGAAAAACUAAGUACUACUCAAGUAUGUGUGUUAUUUGUUUACAUUUUCAAACCCGCAGCAUGCAAUUGUGCGGUUAAGUUGUCAUUAGCUGUCUUUUCACAGGCUCUAACCUUGCAAGUUCUUAAAGGUUAUGUUUUUGUGUGCGUAUAUAGAUAGAAAUUUGUGAAAUAAGAGCAAUCUUAAAGUUCCCGAAGCCAGAAUGGAAAAUUUUACUACUGCAGAGGAGCAGGACAAUGUGAUUAUUCAAAACUCUAUCAGAUUUUUGCACACUCUUACUAACCUGAGGAAAUUAAACGUGCCAACCUUGCAGUCACUGUAUAGAACAAAAUGUCGACUAAUGGAAUUGCGCAGACAUGUGUCUAUGCCUGUACAAAAGCCCUAUCAAAGAUGCGAAAAAUGCCUCAUGAAAUUCUCUGAAGCGGACACAGGCUUUGAAAUUACGCCAUCCAAGCCCUCGCCGUUUGCCAAGAAAAUCAUCGAGAAAGUCAGGAAGAAUCAACCAUUAACUGACUUUCAGAAAGCGUAUUAUAAGAAGUUGUUGAAGAGGUUUCCGAAGGGAUUCCAAGAGCAAAACAAGCUGACAUUGACUUGCAAUUUUUGCAAAAAUGGAACUAUUGUGGCGAUGAAUAAACCAAAGCGACAGCGACAGGUGAAAGCAAAGAAACCACCAGCGAAAACCAAGAAAAAAUCGAAGAAAAAGGACAGAUUUUGCGGGCUUAACCAGAGCGUGGUGUUGCUGUCUUCAGCAAAGAAGAAGCCUGAAUCGGAAAACGCAAAUACCAAAAACACACAAGAGACAAGUCUUCAUCCCAUCCAGCCUUUUGAAGCGACGACUGGAACAAUGACCAACAGUAGAAUGCUCCAGACGCCGCUUAAAUCGAUUCGAAAUAAACAUGCCAUUAGACUGGCCAAGAAGAAAGAAAACGUCGUAACUGAGGUUCUUUUGCCUGUAAUCAGUAAGGCAAAAGCCAAACAGAAUAAAAAAAGACUCAACGAUUUAUCCCGACUUGUACAAAAUCGUGGCAAGAGUAAAAGCAAGCAAACGCCGCGGUUAAAGGACUUUUUAGCCAGCCUUUAACGAAAAGGCAGUUUUGUAUGACUGCUUUGUAAGUCCGCGGCUGUGAGUCAGAUUGAACGAAAAUUGUUAUUUUGUAAGCAUAAAAAUUCGUUUUUAUUAAAGCAAAGUUCUUAGUC